AGUUAACAUCAAACAGCUUCUAAUUUCGUAAUUUCACAAAGCAUAGAAAAAUUCUCGGCAAUUACUUCAAAUUCUUCGUCCUUCCAUUGAACACUAGAAUCUCAGCGCAAACAAACACACAUAUAGAGUUGGUUGAAGUGUUAACAUUCCAAAGUCGGUCUUGGUUGUUUUAAUUUUUAAAAUAAUAAAAAUAAAAACCCAACAAAGCCCAAACCAAACGCAUCAAAUUGUUGAUCUGAAAUUUCCUUCGGAUCUACACCAAAAUUUUCCUGUUUCCCAUGGCGAUCUCUCACUGUUUUUUUGUUUUUCUUUUGAUAUCUUCUUUUGUUUCUCUUGGUUUUGCGGAGAUCCGUUUCACGGAGAUCCGAUCCGAUGACCGAUCUAUAAUCCCGUUCGAUGAGUUCGGCUUCACCCACACCGGCCGACUCGAACUCAACGUCUCCCAGAUCGCACUCUCAAACCCCAAAUCCGACCUCGAUUUGACCAAAGUAGGAUUCUUCCUCUGCACGCGCGACUCUUGUAUGCACGUGCUCCAACAACUGCAAGACCGGGAGACCACGUGCGCACUCAAAUCCGAUGUCGUCAAGCUCGUCUCCAGCUUCAAGUCUCUCAACGGGAAAUCCAGCUUGAACAUCGUUUACGAAGAAAACGAUGCCGAUCAAUACACGCUCGUCUUCGCUAACUGCCUUAGUCAAGUCAAAGUAUCGAUGAACGUCCGAUCGGCGAUGUACAAUCUCGAUGGUAAGAACAACCGCCAGGAUUAUCUCUCCGCCGGCAAAACAAUUCUCCCUAGGGUUUACUUCCUUUUGUCCCUCGUUUAUUUCACUCUCGCAGGGAUUUGGAUUUACGUGCUUUACAAAAAACGACUUACAGUUUUUAGAAUCCAUUUCUUUAUGCUGGCCGUGGUUAUUUUAAAAGCGUUUAAUCUGGUAUGCGAAGCAGAGGAUAAGUCUUAUAUUAAACGAACCGGAAGUGCUCAUGGCUGGGAUGUUUUGUUUUACAUAUUCAGUUUCCUGAAAGGAAUCAUGCUUUUUACGCUGAUCGUUUUGAUUGGAACCGGCUGGUCGUUUUUGAAACCUUACUUGCAAGACAAGGAGAAGAAGGUUUUGAUGAUCGUUAUUCCACUUCAGUUUGUUGCUAAUAUUGCCCAGGUUGUUAUUGAUGAGACUGGUCCUUUCGGUCAGGAUUGGAUCACGUGGAGGCAAGUGUUUUUGCUUGUUGAUGUUGUUUGUUGCUGCGCGGUGUUGUUCCCAAUUGUUUGGUCGAUUAAGAACUUGCGUGAGGCAGCCAGGACGGAUGGGAAAGCCGCGGUGAAUUUGAUGAAGUUGACUCUGUUUAGGCAGUAUUACAUUGUGGUGAUCUGUUAUAUUUACUUUACGCGUGUCGUGGUUUAUGCUUUGGAGACCAUUACCUCGUAUAAGUAUCUUUGGACCAGUGUGGUGGCCGGGGAGUUGGCCACACUCGCCUUUUAUGUUUUUACAGGGUAUAAGUUUAAGCCAGAGGCACAUAACCCAUAUUUUGUGAUUGAUGAUGAAGAGGAGGAGGCUGCAGCAGAGCAGUUGAAGCUUGAAGAUGAAUUUGAAUUGUGAUAGCAUUAUUGAGAAAAAAAUGGGAAUGAUUAAAGAAAGUGGUGCAGAGGAUCAAACUGGGACAGUUGGAGUAGAAGCAUGAUCAUCAAAAUGGGUACCAAUGUUAAGAAAAAACUGUGAUAAUGCAUGCUUGUUUUUACUUGUUAUGCAUCUACUGUUACUUUUUCUUUUUUAAGUUGAUAGGAUACUUUUUAAACUGUGACGCACGUUUGUGAAUUUGAUGGCCUGCAUAACUACAAAUAUAAAAUUUAUGCCUUACUUUUUGUUCA